CCCUUAGUUUCCUUACAUCCGCGAAUAUCGAACGUGCAACGUCAGGCCAAAUUUAUUCCAGUGAAAUAAUCAUGGAGCAGCAGGCUAUGAGCGCCCUACAAGCGCAAGCUCUGAAAAGGAAAGAAAAGCUAAAAGCCCUUAGAGAACGACAGCUUCAUGGGAGGGAACAAGCAGGAGGACAACCUGAUUGCAAGAGAGCAUUAGAAGAAGUAGAGACAGAAGAAAGACACAGAGACCUGAAGCUGAGGAACUACACUCCAGAAGAUGAAGAGCUAAAAGAGAGACAGGUUCCCAAAGCUAAACCUGCAUCAGUGGAAGAUAAAGUUAAAGACCAGCUGGAAGCCGCAAACCCAGAGCCCGUUAUAGAGGAAGUGGAUCUGGCCAAUUUAGCUCCAAGGAAACCAGACUGGGAUCUAAAGAGGGAUGUUGCAAAAAAGCUGGAAAAACUAGAGAAAAGAACCCAGAAAGCCAUUGCUGAACUUAUCAGGGAGCGGUUGAAGGGGAGCGAAGCAGAGCUGGCUAGUGUUGUCGGAUCAGUCACUAUAGAAGAGGCAGAUUCAGACUGAGUCUUCUGGAGAUACGCAUCCUUCUGGAAGACGAGUGUAGCUCUCAAAUUCAGCAUGUGACAUGAACAGGGAUGCCGAGCAUCAGAGUUGAGAUCUGGUCUGCUCGGGAGUUGACUGGAUUGUGUGUGUGUGUGUGUGUGUGUGUGUGUGUGUGCCAUUUGUUCAUAAAUAAAAUAUUUUUUUUCUAUUUCGAUUAUUCUUUUGCUGUUUGUCCGAGUUAGAAUUAGAAGAAAUUGGUAUGUUAGUUUCUUAAUAGGUGUUAUUCAUAGAACAUGUUCAGCGGGUGUUACAGAUGUAGAUUAAGUCUAAUCUAACACUCGGGUAAUUAUUGAAUUCGUACAUCUUCCAAAUGUUGUCAUUGUUUUGGAGCACACUAGCUUAAAAAUAAACUUAAGGCUAACAUAUUCAUACUAAAAUUCACAAAACUUCAUUUCUGAUUUCAUGUGGAUGUUAAGUUGCUCUUUGUAAGAAGUUCAGUCACAAAUGUUUAGUUUUAAUGAAUUGAAGGUCACCUCCAAAAGUCGCAAGGUUAUAAAUAAAGGAGCCAAGGGACGUUGUUAGAUUUUAUUUCUCUCUGGUGUAACUGAUAUACAAGUGAUCAGGAACGUUUCAAGGCCCAAAGUCAGUUAGUGUAGAAAUCUGUAAUGCUAAAGACAGUCCAUGUGUUUAUAAGGAAAACGCUGGUUCUCUUUUUGCCUUUAAUAACAAGCUAAUAUAAUACUUGUCUUUAUUAAAAAUCGCUUUACUCACCUGAAAUAUAGAAACCGAAUUAAAUCCUUUUUUGAUUGAAUAAAUCAUAAUUUAGUGGUUAUAAUAUGGCUGUGUGUUCACCUUCCAUUCAGGAAUCUACAAUUUCUCAUCAUUCUGAGACCCAGCAAUAUGUUGUUCAUAUCAGAUGAAAUAAAUAUUGGUCCAUCUACAUUAAGUCUUGUAUAAGUAUUAAUUUAUCUACUAAGAGAAAAUGGCACAAGCAAACUAAAUUCAAAAACAAUCUUUUAGUUGAAAUAUUCACUAGUUCUAUGGACAUAGCACCUAGUUUUAUAUUGGAAAUAAAGUGCAUUUCUCAUUCGCUACAGUAAUAAUAAUGGCUAAUAAAACAUAUCUGCUCAGGCCUUGAAGAAGAAACAUCCUACAAUAAUCAUUACUCACAUUACUCUUUUAUGAACCUCCCACAGACAUUGCACAGAGAAUAAUUCAAAUGACCUGAUUAUAUACAAGUAAACAAUGCUGGGUUAAAUGAGGAGAAUUAGGGAAACUUGAUUUUACCACACAAAGAGUGUGAAAGUGUGGUAGGUUGUGGCUCUUGUUUGUGUGGCAGCCUGGGAAAACUCUUCACGUGGUGACCUUUUGGCAUUUUCUUGCAAACAGAAAGCCAAGACAAGAUUAAAAUGAAUAAAACAAUUUCCACAUGCUUUUGGUGAAAUAAAUCGAUCAGACACAACAUUAAAACCACCGACAGGUGAAGUGCAUAACAUUGAUUAUCUCGUUACAGUGGCACAUGUUAAGGGGUGGAAGUUAAUGUGUUGGAAGCAGGGAAAAUGGGCAAGUGUAAGGAUCUGAGCAACUCUGACACCGGACAAAUUGUGAUGACUAGACGACUGGUUUAGAGCAUCAACAAAACAGCAGGUCUUGUGGAGUGUUCCCGGUAUACAGUGGUUAGUGCUGACCAAAAAUGGUCCAAGGAAGUACAACAGGUGAACUGUGACAGGGUCAUGGGCACGCAAGGCUCAUUGAUGCACGUGAGGAGUGAAGGCUAGCCCGUCUUGUCCGAACCCACAGAAAAGCUACUGUAGCACAAAUUGCUGAAAAUGUUAAUGCUGGCUAUGAUAGAAAGGGGUCAGAACACACAGCUUGCUGCGUAUGGGGCUGCGUAGCUGCAGACCGGUCAGAGUGUCCCUGCUGACCUCUGUUCACUGCCGAAAGCACCUACAAUAGGCACGUGAGCAUCAGAACUGGACCAUGAUGGUCUAGUCAGAUGAAUCACGUUUACUUUUACAUCAUGUGGACAGGAAGAG